GCCAGCUAAGGAGCGUCCAAGACGCCUAAACUUGACUAAAGACGUGGCCUGCAAGCCCAUUGAUUGUAUAUCUCCAUUGCGCCCAUGCGCCAUGCUGCUCAUACUACUUGGCGAGCAUCAUCAAUGCUAGUAGUACAUUAAUCGCGGUCGCUGGUGAGGCUUGCAGUGUAAUAGUCGGUGGUUCAUUCAUUCAGCCUUGCAAGGGGGUCAGCUGUUGCAGUGGCCUGUUCAUUAACUGCCAGCUUCUUCAUUCCCUGUAUCUUGUCCCUCCUCCUUUGUACUACUUGAAUUGUUAACAGUCAUCUUACGCCCUGUCCAGGACAUAGUCCUCCGCUUGCAUCGCUUUGUUUACUUUCCUGCGCCCUAGGGUCAUCGGCAGGGCGAGCUACAGUCUAGCCUCAAACGCGAUCCCACGAUCCAAUCACAACCACUGUCGCGAUCUUGUUCACUUGGGGCAAUACUGAGAAGCGGACAGGAAACAACAGGGCCAGAUGGAAGGGCAGUUUGACGGUAGCGCCCAGUCCACGGAGCGUCAACAUGCGUCCCAGGAUGGGUAUGGAACCGGACCCAAUGUCACCAACUCGAGCCCUCACUUCGACGUCCUCUGCGGUCCCCUGAUCAAUUACCAGCGCAUGAGCGAAGAAGGAAGUCAAUCAUUUUGGCACGGUACGGUUCUGCUCGUCACGAAACCCGGCGAUCGAGUUCCUACCCUUGAUCUGAAGUCUCUGGGCGCAUGGGACGGGAGGACCCCAGCGGAGAGUUCGCAGACACAAACAAUUGAAGGCCUCAAGCUAUAUUCGGAUCCAGACAAGACCUUUUGGCGGUUCAGUCUUCGCGUGCCGCUGGCGAGGGUAGAGACAAAAUGGCAAUACACGAUACCUUAUAUGAACUUCCUUUCAGAUGUCAGCCUCAGCCAGCCAUCGAGAGAAUUCGUGGUACCUGCUUCCACAGAGUCCAUGCGCAUCAUGUUUCAUUCGUGUAAUGGAUUUUCGGUCGGAACGGACCUGGAUAUUUGGACAGGCCCCGUGUUAUGGAACGACGUGAUGCGAACUCAUCAGCAACGUCCUUUCCAUGUGAUGAUUGGCGGAGGCGAUCAGAUUUACAACGACGAGAUCCGAGUAAGCGGCCCGUUGCAGGAGUGGACAUCCAUCACCAGCCCGAUAAAGAGAAGAGAGUAUCCGUUUGGCAACAAACUCCGGGACGAGUGCGACAAGUGGUAUUACGAGAACUACCGUCGCUGGUAUAGCACGGAACCCUUCGCCAGUGCCAACGGACAAAUUCCCCAGAUCAACAUCUGGGACGACCACGAUAUCAUCGACGGUUUCGGCUCCUACACAGACCAUUUCAUGCGCUGUCCGGUAUUCCGAGGCAUUGGAGGCGUCGCAUUCAAAUACUAUUGUUUGUUUCAACAUCAUACCGCUCCGCCCGUAUCGACCUUCACCACUGAUGCCCCGACGACCAUGGAGGCUGGAGCCGGUGGAACCGCCGGCGCUGACCCGCGUCAGCUUGAAAACACCUAUGUCUACAGGAGAACGGCGGAUGAUCCAAGCUGGAUCGUCGGCAAGCGACCGGGCCCCUACGUGGAAGAGAGAUCGAGGAGUCUGUACAUGCGCCUAGGCCGACGGAUCGCAUUCUGCGGCAUCGAUGCGCGCACCGAACGAACGCGAAAACAAAUCAAUUACCCUGAGACGUACGACAUAAUUUUCGAAAGACUGCACAACGAGUUCACGGCCGCUCGGGGCGAAAUCAAACACCUCAUUUUGCUUCUGGGUGUCCCCAUCGCAUAUCCGCGUCUUGCAUGGCUGGAAAACAUUCUGACAUCUCCCAUCAUCGCGCCGAUUCGAUUGCUCAACCGCCGGUUUGGGUUUGCAGGAGGCUUCUUCAACAGUUUCGACGGUGGUGUCGAUUUACUCGACGACCUGGACGAUCACUACACGGCCCGCCACCACAAGGCCGAGCGGAGGGAACUUGUGGUGCGUCUGCAGAGAUUGGCCGCCGAGUUUUCAGUCAGAGUGACCAUCCUGGGCGGCGACGUGCAUUUGGCCGCCCUGGGCCGCUUCUACUCUUCCCCAGCUAAUAACAUGGAUGCCCUUCAAGACCCUCGCUAUAUGGCCAACGUCAUCUCCUCCGCCAUCACGAACAAACCUCCUCCAAAGGCCGUCGCGAACCUACUAGCCAGGCGUAACAAGAUCCACCAUCUCCGAGACGGAAAUACCGAUGAGACUCUGUUGAAUAUGUUCGACAAACAACCCGGCGGUCAGCUCAAGGGUGCCGAAUGGAACCAUUGCACGAUGCCCAGUCGGAAUUAUGCCUGUAUCACUGAGAUCCCAGACGAUGGCGAGACAACAACGAACGGUGCAGCAGUCAAUGGUGAUGUCAAUGUGACGGUCAACACGACAGGCAAGGAGGGCAAAUCCCGACCACGCAGUAACGUCAACGGCCGUGACCCAUUACACAUUGGCGAGGAGAACGCAGGCACCCAACAUCCCGCAGCCAGCGGAAUCAGCAAUGAGGGUCCUGUCCCGGGUGGCUUGAAUGUCGCUAUCAAAGUCGAAAUCGACAAUCAUGACAAUUCGGGAAAGACGGAGGGUUAUGGCAUGAGUAUUCCGAAACUCACUCUUCCGCCCAAGACGAGCGUUCCGGUCGAGGCUCCUGCAGGCAAGCCAGGCCCAGCUGGUCACCAUGUGUGAUGUGACCCUGGGACAAGAGACCUGUCAUUGCAGGUGUUGUUUUUCAGGGACUUUUGUCUGCGUCUAUUACCUCAGCUUUAUUGUAAUACCAAUACCCAUACCCGAUAUUGAAGAGGUGCCCAUUCGGAGCCGUAUUAUUUUUCGCCCUUUUUCGUUCAAUGGUCUGUGGUGCAAUGCAGCGCAUCAAUUCUCUGGACUCCGUUGUGUUUGGUAUGCGUUUGGAGGUCCCAGUCUGCAAAAGGUGCAAGUGGCCAGUUCCGCAUUAGAAGCGAGUAUUUCGGGUUUCUUUCGAGCUUGUCAGAAUUCCCUCGGCUUUGCGAUCAGGUUGGAUUGCAGUGAGCUGAGCUGAGUUGUUGCAUUAUGGCACGGUAGUAUGUAAAACUGUUCCCGUCGCCCAUUUCUACAGCCUAUCGGGACUCAAGCUACUAUCUAGGUACUUUUUGCUGCCCUAACCACCCCAUGGUCGCUAUUACUACCAUGUGCAUUGAAUCUGGACUUCCCCAAGCCCGCGUGUGACAUACUGUAGGUACUCUUUCACGCGCCAUGCCAUACAGGCGACCCAAGGCUAUAUAGCCAGAUGCUUGCGAUACUGAUAAUAAAUAGCAUUGUAUAUAGCAGGUGCAGUAUCAAAAUGCUGUCCCGUACUGAAGUCCCAAGAUACACCUCCCCCGGCUCCUCCAAGCGGUGACGGGAGUGUUUAUGGGGGUGUGAAUGUAGGUGUACUCCCAAUCUUCUUGCACCCUUCCUCUUUGU